GCCUGCGUGACAAGCGACCUUCAAGUUCCAACCACAUUCGCGAUGCUGGCCCGCCGCGCCCUGUCGCGCAUUCCCAAGCCCUUUGGCGCACGCCUGAACUCCACGACGGCGCCCCCGGCCAAGGCGAAUGUCCAGGAAGCUCGUCUUGCUUCAUCGCACCCUCCUCAGGCCCCGAACUAUGUCGCUACCUGGUCGACCAGUCAGGCCCCUCGUCCCAAGCCAGCCUCGAGCCCUCGCUUUGAGCAGAUCGUUAUGGAAACACAGCCAGCACCUCUGAGCGCUAUGCAGUUGAUCGCGGAGGAGCCCAUUCGACUGGUACAGGGCAGGAAGGCCGUUUGCGACGGUGGCUCUGGCCCACUUGGUCAUCCCAAGAUUUUCAUCAACUUGGAUCAACCUGGUCCAAGAGCAUGCGGGUAUGUUUGUUGCUGCGGCAUCCGUUUCCAGCAGGACCCGGACCACCACCACCAUCACUGAGGCAGCCGGCCGUGGACGUGGAGGACCUCGCUCCGUGUAGAGCUAUUAUCAUCUCGAGAACCUCAAUGACCAAGCGACAGUCCACUGUGCAUGCAACCCUUGCUAUGGUCUGCCUCUCAUCGUGUAUGGUCAUGUCCUGCUGCGCCGGCAGGAAGCCUACAUGUUCAUAAGAUGUGCGAAUUCAGCGCUUCCAAGCCUACUUCCGCCGUAUUUUGCAGAAUAGCAGCGAGGCAUGUUCCAAUAAUUGGUUGUUCGCCUGAGUCUGUCCACCCCUUCAUUGCAGUCGUUGCAGUUAG